AUGGAAGGUGCGUCGGGGCCGUUCAGUCCGCGGACCGCGGAGGAGGUUUUCAAGGAUUUCAGAGGCAGGCGAGCCGGCAUGAUUAAGGCACUCACUACCGGUUCGCUCUCUUUCUCCUUCUCCCGUGGUUCUCGCCUCUGGAUUUCUUUUGUCUCGAAAUAUUUUUUCCAGCCCUUAUCUGUUGGUCCUGGUCUGUGUUUUUCCCAUUCUGUCGCAGACGUGGAGAAAUUCUUCCAGCAGUGCGAUCCUGGUGAGCUAUCUCUUGUCUGGAUCCUUGAUUUUUUUGGUUUUAGGGCUUUAACAGUUUUUGAAUAAUCGUCGGCCUUACCUUGCGAGAUGAGUUUUCUGACCUGCGAAAAAUCACAUGCAGUCUGAUUUUUCAAUUUAGUGUUUGUUUUUCUUGUAUUCAGUUUACUUCGGCGUAGUCUAAUGGGGAUUUUAAGGUUAGAUGCUCAAUUUCCAAAGCAUUUUGAUAGUUUAAAAUCAUGGGACUUCACUCAUGAGAAUCCUAGAUUUGGUGCUGUAGCUCCCCCUGUAUCAUUCUGUUUGCAUAUGGUUAUACUGUAUCAUAACUCUUUCUCCUUGAAGACGUUGACCAGCUUUUGUUACCAUUGACUGAUCUUUUUAUCAAAUCGUCUUUGUCCAGAGAUGUGCACAUUUUUCAAUUAUAGAAAUUGUCAUUAUUCGUAGGGAACGUCUCUCUUCUGUUGAAAUGUCCUUGGGGAGUUUGGUGCACCCUUCCGCUGACUUAUCUGUUACGUCUGCAGAGAAGGAAAACCUUUGUCUUUAUGGACUUCCCAAUGAAACCUGGGAAGUCACCUUACCUGCAGAGGAAGUACCUCCAGAACUUCCUGAACCAGCAUUAGGAAUUAAUUUUGCUAGGGAUGGAAUGGACGAAAAGGACUGGUUAGCUCUGGUUGCAGUUCACAGUGAUGCAUGGUUGCUUGCCGUUGCAUUCUACUUUGGGGCUCGCUUUGGAUUUGAUAAGGAUGCUAGGUACGUUUUCUCUUACCCAACUAGUAGGUGAAACGUUCGACUUUUUUUUUUCAACAUUUGAUCGUUCCAUCAUUGUUUGUUCAUGCAUCUGAUAGUUUCUGUGUUCAUCCCUCUUUUUCGUUUAUUUUGUGCUGUCGUGUUCAUGCAUUGAGGUGUGUUGGUGGUUGCUGGUGAGCUAUGCAUGGUGUUUGUCACACUUUUUGUAUUUUUAUGCAUGGAGCUAUUAUUUACCGUAAUCUGUUAUGUUGUAAGUUUUCUAUAUUUAAGUGUUGUCUUUUAUCUAGUUCUAAUUUAGGUCGGUUUUUUGCUUUUCUUGCCAAAUUUUUCUGGUAUAGUUGUUGGUGCUCAGCAUAUAGUAGCGAAUAAUUUAUGUAUGUGUCAUUUUUUUCUUUUGUAUGGAUUAUUGACGCAUUGAAGAUGAUAAUACCUCCGAAAACCCAUAGGUGAAUUCAUAUCCUUUCCCUGGUUAAUAUGUGAAGUUGCUUGUAAGAUGAUUAAACAUCUGUAUGUCAAAUUAAUUCAUCUUUACGUCUGUAUAUAAUGUUUUCAAGUCUUGGAGUACUAGCAGUAGUUUUAUUUUUACCGCAAAAAUACUCUUUUCUGAGAGCAGAUGAUAAGGCAGAAUCAAACAUUGAACACAAGGGAGAAUGCUCAUGGAUUAUGUACUACAGGGAAUAACCAGCAGGGGGAAUAAGGGCUGGUUCAGUAAGGUUUAAAAUACCCAGUGUUUGAAGUGAAUGAGUAGGUGUCUAAGCAGCGUUGAAAAGAUUGUAAGAGCUCACUAUCGCAGGAAAUUUGGAGGGACUUUGGAUCCAAGUUUGAUCAGGCCCUUAUCUGUCUUUUUCGGAGAGGAGGCGUUUUGAGGAGAAGAUAUAUGGAGAUAAGAUGGACAGGAGUUGAGAGGAAACAGCUUGCGAUGGCUUAAUCAAUAGGCGACCAAAGACUCAAUCUUGUAAAGCUCGCGAGUUACACGCUACUGGCGUCCUGUACUGCAUACAAAAAGGGUUUUCAAACCAGAGAGAUAUUGUUUUGUCAUCCGGAAACCAUGUGUUUAAACAAUGUUCAUGUCGUCCAGAGAGAUGUUAUUGACCUAAUGAAAUAAUAGUACACAAUGUUCUUGUUAUUCCUGUCAUGUGUUUCUUUCAAAAAAAAAAAUGAUGCUUGAACACUAAUAGAUGAAGUGGUAUAAGACUAAACAAGAUUUAAAAAAUAUGAUUGGCUGCUUGGAAGAAAAGUACAACAACCCCAAUAUAAGUUAAUGCCAUUUCAAGAAGCAACGAAGAGUAACAGGAGUGUUUCACUCAUGUACGAAUUAAUGGAAAUCAGGGUCUACGAUCUUUACUGAAUGGAAGGUUGACGAGUGGCAUAGGAAAUCAGGUCUUCUAGGGUUUUACUUGUGUCUCACUUUCUGAACUCAGUGUGGUACGAGAGCACCGAGUCAGUCUGAACAUAGGGACGUGGUGUCCGGGAGACACCGUUGAACCAACCUGCUAGGACUUUUGGGGACCACGGAAGUAUCUUCAACCACACUCUUGGCGAUAUUCCGAUUGUAGAAGGUGAAGGUAAGAGUGCCUGGUGCAUGCCCGCUCCUCUGACAUGCACGCAGCAGCUUCUGAGCAAUGUAAGGAACUUGCAGAUUUGUAAACCUAUCUUUUUUAAGCUGUUUAACGUAGUAGAUUCCUAAUUCCAUUUUGGCAAAAUUUAAUAGUGGAUGCUCAUCUACUGUGAUGGAUGACAACAAACCAACCGACUGAGGCACCUCCUUCACCUGAAUCAUGCCGAUGAAACUUAUGGAAAGCAAUUGCAUGACAGGGUCAGCGGCCACCAGAUGUACAUAAUCGGAUGGAAAGGGGCUGGCUGGGGUACGGAAGGUGCUUAGUGGUCCUUUUUUAGAAUGGAACCCAGCCAGCCCUUUCUAGGUUACACUGGCUUCAACUAGAAGGAUGCUGCCCAACACCAUCAAUAAGUGUAGAUUCUACUUCGGAAUGAACCACACUGACACCAAACUUAGCCCGCUCAACUAGAACCCAGUAAGAAUGGAGUAGAAGAAGGGUGACAGGAGAAAGAAAGAAAGAAAAAAAAUGUAGUGUGCAAAUAAAUAAAUAAAUAAAUAUUUUACCGUCAAAAUCGAAAGACAUGGAAGGCUUGUAGUUCUCAGUUGCUUCCAUUAUGCUGCUCGUUUGUAGUAGUUCAUCAGUCUUUCUCUUCGUCACCAUUAUAUGUGGGACAACUUUAUUCGCUUAGGAUAUAAAAGGGAAUGGAGGAGUCUGAGUCUGCAAGGAACGCCGAGUCACGAAUCUCAAGUAUUUCGUGUGGGAUGUCUCUGAUUCAUCAGCAUGCAUCGCUAUUUUUCUGAAGUGCGCAUGCGUUGGACUUAAGCUGUAUGUGUGAUCCCUAGGAAGGUGCCGAGCUGCCCAGCCACUCCAUAGGAGACAUUAAUCAUAUUGAUUACACCAAAGUUGCAGUAUUCCCAUUGGAAAUAUCGCCAAAUAGGUGUAAGAUCAUUGAAUAACUGAGCUUUAAGAGUUCCCACUGAUGGAUAGCUUCUGAUGUAGAUUCCAUAAAACAUUAUAAAGAUGGAUAUUUCCAUAUAGUCAAUACGGCUUGCAGAAAUCAAAGAGAAUGGGUAGCGUUGACUAAGUGUAUGAGUCUAAAUACUCUGAAGGGAUUGUCAGCCGCAUUUUAUUUGUCGUGUACUUGUGGGGAGGCUGACUUUAUGAGGAACAAUGUCGUCAGGCAGCGGAGACGGCAUUUUUUUCUUUUGUCAAAGAUGCUGAAUAUUUGAGACUUUUACGAAACUUUAAUGGAAGCUUAGGUUUUCUAUGUUGGGCUGCAAGCAAGUCAAAUAAUGUUCUUGACUAGCCAGUUGGAGCCGAAGGUUCUGAAUCGUUGACUCCACCAUCAUAAAAAUGUGUCCUUUAUCUCAAGGGUGGCGAAUCCCAGUUCUGUUUGUGUUCUUCAAAGUUGUUGUCGUGGUCCUGGUGAAAUUUUCCAAUGCGACAUAUAUGGAGGAAGGUGCCUUUCAUAUAUCUAAGCUUGGAGGCUCUGCAAUUUUUUUAUCUUUUUAGAGGAAUUGGUUGGGACGCCUCUGAAUCUUCUUCACUUCCCUUGAAAACCCCGGAUAGAGAGAGAGAGAGAGAGAGAAGCCAUUCCUGUAGGCUGCUGAUGCUCUCCCUCUAUCGUGAUGUUCCAGGAGGCGGCUUUUCAAUAUGAUCAACAACCUCCCGACCAUGUACGAGGUCGUCACGGGGGCCAUCAAGAAGCAGCAGACCAAGGAGAAGGCCCCCAGCAGCGGGGGCAAGGCUAACAGCAAAUCCAACUCCAAGAAGGUUUGCAAUGACAAAGCCCAUCUCUCUCUCUCUCUCUCUCUCUCUCUCUCUCUCUCUCUCUCUCUCUCUCUUACUGUCUCUCUCUGACUCUUAUUCUCUCUCAUACGGUUUCUUUCUUUGGGUUGGUUUUCUCCAGCAAGGCCGCCAGUCGGAGCACCCCCCCCCGCCGCACGCGCGGCCGUCUUCGAAGCUGGCGGCGCCGCCUCCCCCGAAGGCCGAGGACGACGAGAUUUCUGGGGAAGACGAGGAGGAGGAGGAGCACGGGAACACCCUCUGCGGCGCCUGCGGCGACAACUACGCCAACGACGAGUUCUGGAUCUGCUGCGACAUCUGCGAGAGGUGGUUCCACGGCGAGUGCGUUAAGAUCACCCCCGCCAAGGCCGAGCACAUCAAGCAGUACAAAUGCCCCGCCUGCAGCAACAAGAAGAGCCGCCUCGUCUGA